UGAACAGUGAACUGGUGGCUGGUCGUUUGGUAAAAACUCGAAGCACGCCGCGCUGGUGCGAUUACAACAUCGCUGGUGCGAGUUUGUCGCCGGAUAAUUUCACUAAUCCUACUCAGAAAACGUUACCUCAAAGACACCAUGGAGACCGCCGUGCUGAGCCUGCAGAAUUUGUAUGAGAAGAUGCGCUCGCAGGUUGAACUUCUCAGCGAGGGCGUAGAACCCAGCUUCAUUCUCAUGGCUCAGAACUUUGAAGACUGCAGACGCAAGUGGCUGGUGGCAGAGGAGAAUCUCACCUCCUGCAAGGAGGUUCUCACCAAAACCGAGACCGAGAGGUCUUCUUUGGAGGUCAAACUGAAGCAUGCCCGCAACCAAGUGGACGUGGAGAUUCGGCGCAGGCAGAAGGCUGAGGCUGACUGUGAUAAGCUGGACCGGCAGAUUCAGUUGAUCCGGGAUCUUCUAACAAGCGAGGGCUCUUCCAACAGCAUCCAGCUGAGUGCGGAGCAGCGCUCGGCACUGGCCUUCCUAAACACGCGCGGCCAGGGAGCGGCCACUGUGAAUACCAGUCAAAGGCUGACCACCAUAGACGAAUCCGUCUCCAUUAUGUCAGAUAUCAGCUAUGACAAAACUGAUGACUCUCUUGAUUGGGACUCGUCUACAGUGAGGCCAGUGCGACUCAGGAAGCGACAAAAGCGGCGCUCGUCUAGACAUCAUGUUGAUGGCCCUGCGGGGGUUUCAAAAAGAACUCGAUCAACAGCUGUCACACAAGAGGGGGUAAAUGAGAGCCUCGUGACCACCACUACAACUGUGACUGUUCCGGUGGACGGCGGACCCGUUGAGGCAGUUGCUACCAUCGAGACGAUUCCUUACUGGACUCGUAGCAGGAGGAAGACUGCUGCCAUGGAGUGGGAGUCGGAGUCUGUCACGUCGGAAGAUGUUUUUAAGCAGCCCGUCAACCCAGAGGUGGAGAAAAAAAAUGAGGCCGGCACGCCGCAGAAACACAAAGGUGUGCGUCAGCAUGAGUUUGUCUCCAAAACGGUCAUCAAACCCGAGUCCUGCGUGCCUUGUGGAAAGAGGAUUAAAUUUGGCAAGAUUGCAUUGAGGUGCUGCGACUGCAGAGUAGUUUCCCACCCAGAAUGUCGGGACCGAUGCCCUCUGCCGUGCAUCCCCAAUAUGGGCAAUACACCAGUGAAAAUCGGGGAGGGCGUGCUUUCAGACUAUGUCCCAGACAUUUCACCAAAGAUUCCACCUCUCGUGGUCCACUGCAUCGGUGAAAUUGAGCAACGCGGCCUGCACGAGGCUGGACUGUACCGACUGUCCGGUGCUGAUCGCACCGUGAAGGAGCUAAAGGAGAAGUUCCUUCGCAGCAAAACUGUUCCUGUGCUGAGCAAAGUGGACGACAUUCACGCCAUCACUGGCCUCCUCAAGGACUUCCUGCGCAACCUCAAGGACCCUCUCCUCACCUUCCACCUGAACCGUCAAUUCAUGGAAGCAGCCGAGGCUUCAGAUGAUGACAACAGCAUAGCCUUGAUGUACCAAACCGUCAGUGUUCUGCCACAUGCUAAUCGAGACACUCUGGCCUUCUUGAUCCUUCACCUUCAGAGAGUGGCUGAGAGUUUGGACACAAAGAUGGACAUCAGUAACCUGGCGCGGGUGUUUGGUCCCACAAUCGUGGGUCAUGCCGUUCCGAGCCCGGACCCCUUGACCAUUCUGCAGGACACCAAACGGCAGCCAAAGGUUGUGGAGCGUCUGCUGAACAUGCCGGCGAGUUACUGGGCCCAGUACGUGAAGUCCGAAAACGAGCAGCCACACCCGGACCACCUGAUCAUCCAAAACUCAAACUACUACACUCCUGAUCGAGUGACUUUGCUCGGCCCGCUGACGACUCCGGAGCAGCAGCUGAAUAAAACGCCGUCCUCCAGCUCGCUGUCGCAGCGCUUUAAGUCCUCUCUGACACCUCGAUUUGGAAGCAAGAGCAAGUCUGCAGCAGCACUUCCUCAAGGGAGGUUCUUUCAAUCUCCACUUCUCAAGUAAUCCAGAUGAUAUCACCCCAAACCCCCUUGCAUCACUUGUUUAUGUCUCGCGUCACAAAAAGAUGUUCUUUCGUUGUUUUACCUGUUUUUGAAACUCCCUCUACGCCCCCCCUCCCCCCAAUCAGACUGAAUGACAAUGUUCUGUACACGUUUGACAUAUGGGCAUGUUUGAAAGAUGGAAAGCAAGCUAUGUUACCACCUGCCAUGUUAUGACCACUUGCAUAGUAUGUCGUAUGCAAGAGCUGCAUCACACAUUUGGCCUAUUUCAAUCUUGUUUUGAUUGCCACUGUCAGAGGUAUUCGUUUUACAUUGAAUAUUGUGAUUGGAAGUUGCAUUUUUGGGUGAGCUCUUUCUCAUAUCUUGAAUGUCAUUUAGCUGACAUACCAGUUAACAAAUAUAGAUUCAGUUGUGUUUGUGACAGUCAAUGAAGAACAUAUUUGUUAAGGCAGUUACAACUCUUAAAUAAUGCACAAGUGGUCCUAAUGUCACAGCUGGUUUGUGAAUUCAACCAUUUCUUGAGACAGCUUUUCAACUCAUGUGUCACUCAGAAGUUGAAGAGUGCAUUUCAUUAUGACUGGUACACCUGCCUGUUUUUACAUUUACUGCAGUUGAAUUUUGUAUACUUUUAGACAACUGUUUGUCAUCUUUUACUUAAUUAGUUAAAAUAUCCUUUUUCAAAAA